GUUUGGUUUGGGGUUUUUUGGUGGGGUGUUGUUUUUUGUUAGUUUUGGUUUUUUUUGUUUUUUUCUGCAAAAUAUCUAGUAAGAGUCCUUAAAAAUGUGGGGAACUAACACUUGGCACUUUUUCAACCGGAAGAAGAGCAGUGAACAGAUCUUUAGAGGAUUCUAGAUGUGUGCCCUGAUGGAGAGGACAUUUUGCCUCUGCUGGAGGGUAAAAGAAACUGUGUGGAUAAGCCCCCUUGUCAACAUAGCUAUAAGGAGGGUUUGUGGAGAAAUGCAAGUGCAGUGCCCCUGCUAUGCUGGCUGAGGGUGAAGGCAUGGCUGGCCCCUCGCUGUGUGCUGCCACCACUGCGGCCUCUCCGGAUCUGCACAAGGUGCCCGGCUUUGGAGAGAGUAAAACCACACAGUGCUCCUUUUCAAUUGAGAGUAUAUUGGGACCGGAGCAGAAAAAAGAUGGCAUUCCAGCUGGAAAACCUCACAGACCCUGGAUGGAUGCAUGCACCAGCUUGGUUUUAGGUGAUGACGGUAAUCCCCAUCUGCAAAUCCCUGUUGUUUGCUAUGAGAAUCCAUUAUUUCGUGGUAGAAGUGAUCCAGUGCAAGAGGAAAAAGUUUUGAAAUGUGAAAAAUAUGUUUCAGUCACUGAAAGGCUGUCUUUCAAACGAGAAUUGAGCUGGUACAGGGGUAGAAGACCAAGAACUGCAUUCACUAGAAACCAGAUUGAAGUCUUGGAGAGUGUUUUUAAAAUGAACUCCUACCCUGGCAUUGAUAUUAGAGAAGAGUUAGCUCGCAAAUUAGAUUUAGAUGAAGACAGGAUCCAGAUCUGGUUCCAGAACCGUCGUGCAAAGCUGAAAAGAUCACACAGAGAAUCUCAGUUUCUAAUGGUGAAAAAUACUUUCACCUCCAGCCUGCUAGAGUAGAAGGAAGGAUGGCUUGCUGUUAAAGUACUAGUACAGAAAAUGAAGAAUUAUUCAUAACCUGUGUUAAGUAAUGAUACAGUAAUUAUGAU